AUGCCGCGCUACAAAAGGACGGCUGAUGAGGCGCAACUUGACCUGCCCAUCGAGCACGAGAUCGCACCAGAGAAUGUCGAGACUCUGCAGAGAUUGCGCAAUAUGUGGGAGUUUGCCAGCCUCAUGCAGUACAUCUUCCUCUUCGGGCACGUGGUCAAGAUCGACGAAGACUUCGAUGUCGAGGACCUCGAAACGGAGUGCUUGAAGGCCGAGCCUUCAUCAAAGCUUGCCGGCAUCGGCUUGAGUCUGCUGAAAUAUGUGUCGUCGCAUCGCGGCCUCACACCCGACAUCUUCGACGAGUAUGCGCGCCGCCAAUACACGGCCAAAGCACCCAACCGCAACCCGUUUGGCGAACAAGAGGAGCCGGCCAAGUUCAGCGAGAUGGACAUCUUCAUACGAAUCCGCGUGUUGCAGCAAUUGAGCACAUGGACGUUUGGCAAUGCGGAGCGCAUCAGGGGUAUGAUGCCGCAAGACGAAGACCACCUCAACUGGCGUAUGGAGCCGGUGGGCUGGGACAGAGAGGACAGGGCGUACUUUGUUCUGGACGACAAUCGGUUGUACCGACGGUUCGAUGAGCCUCUGCCACCGCCGACACCAAAGAUGAAACCGAAGACCAAAGCGAACAAGAGGAGCAAAGGUAAGCAGACACGUUCGUCUAAGCGGCGGAAGGUGGAGGACACAGAAGAUGAGGAGCUCCCGCCGGACGGGGAGCAAAUCGAUGCAGAGCCUGGCGCCCAAGGAGACACUGUCACGACGAAUGGCGAUUCAACACUCUCUUCCGGCAGAGCUGAAGAAGAGCCAGGCUAUGGCUUCACGGAGAAGACAUGGUCCUUGGUCGCUAUCACUCUGGAUGAGUACGACGACUUUCUCGGGUCCAUAUUCCGCUCGCGUGAUCCCAAUGAGCGCCAACUGCACAAGCGCAUAACAGAAGACGUGCGACCGAUCAUCGAGAAGCGGGCAGAAGCACUGCGGCAAAAGCAGCUGAAGAAGCUGCGCGAGCUGGAGAAUGUACAAAAGCUCGCUACGGCCAAACGGUCAAGCCGGCUGGCAAGCAAGUUCGAGAAGGAGAAGGAGGAGCGGGAGAAGCAGGAGGCCGAGGAGAAGAGGUUGAGAAAUCUGCGCAUGGCGCAUGAAGAGGAGGACAGGCAGAGACGGAUUGAAGAAGGCCACGAAAGUCGCAGACAAACGAGAGAACAGCGAAUCAAGGAGCGGGAGGCGAAGCGUAUCCUGCACGAGGAGGAGUUGCAGCGGCUCCAGGCAGCCGAAGAACGGACAACCUCGCAAAGCCUGGAGCCUUCUUCCGAACAGGCAGAUGCCGAGCAGAAGCGUAUCUCGGCUCGGCAAACCAAAGUACAAAAAGAGCAGCACCAGAAGGAGCUUGCAGAGCUUGCAGCCGAGGACGGCAGCUUCGGCAAGUGGUACUUCGACUGCUCUGUCUGCGGAAUGAAUGGUGAAAACUUGGACGAUGGUACCCAUAGCCUGGCUUGCGAUCGGUGCAAUGUUUGGCAGCAUAGUCGAUGUCACGGAUUCACGCCGAAGCAGGCGGAGAAGGAAGGAUUCGUGUUCGUGUGCAAGAGCUGCAAGCGGAUCGAAGCGGGCGGCGAGCAGCUUGACAAGCCUAAAAUUCCGCCACUGAAGCUAGGCAAGAAAGGUACGAGCUCGAGUCCUGGCACGCCGAAUGAGACGAAGAAAGGUCCUGGGAGGCCAUCGUCU